AUGGAGCGGCAAGGCAAGCGCGAAAAGGCAAUCCAGAAGGCCGUGCGCUUUCUCCUGACCGAGAAAUGCACAGAUGGUUUUCCGUUGAGCGAGCUCAUUGAAAAGCUGGAGAUGGUCAAUGUUCGAGGCUUUGCGCCUGAGAAACUUGGCUACAAAACUACAGAGAAGUUUGUCCGCCGCCAGCCUGAAGCUGUUCUGAGAUAUCGGAAGCAGGAUCAGAUGAUCCUCCCACCACGCAAACGGUGA